AUGGCUCAAGCCGUAGAAGAAUGGUACAAACAGAUGCCGAUUAUAACCCGGUCGUAUCUCACGGCGGCCGUAGUCACCACCGUCGGAUGCUCGCUCGAGAUUAUAUCUCCUUAUAACCUCUACCUAAAUCCUACUCUUGUGGUGAAGCAAUACCAAUUCUGGCGCCUCGUUACAAAUUUCCUUUACUUCCGAAAGAUGGAUUUGGACUUCUUGUUCCAUAUGUUUUUUCUAGCUCGAUACUGCAAGCUCCUGGAGGAAAACUCCUUCAGGGGAAAGACUGCGGAUUUUCUUUACAUGCUCUUGUUUGGUGCAACUGUUCUAACCGGCAUUGUUCUCAUUGGCGGAAUGAUACCUUACUUGUCCGUUUCUUUCUCCAAAAUCAUCUUCCUCAGCAAUUCCUUGACUUUCAUGAUGGUUUAUGUAUGGAGCAAACAAAACCCUUACAUCCACAUGAGUUUCCUUGGCCUUUUCACUUUUACAGCAGCAUACUUACCAUGGGUACUUCUUGGGUUCUCUAUCCUUGUUGGUGCAAGUGCCUGGGGGGAUUUUCUGGGAAUGAUAGCGGGUCACGCGUACUACUUCUUGGCGUUUGUGUAUCCACGAAUGACGGAUCGACGUCCCUUGAGAACUCCAUCUUUCCUCAAAGCCCUAUUCGCUGAUGAGCCUGUGGUGAUUGCACGACCAGAAGAUUUGAGGUUUGCUCAUGCGCCUUUUGAUGAAAUCCACCAAGACUGA